AUGGAUGCUUAUUCCGGAUACAAUCAGAUACAAAUGGAUCCUGCUGAUGAGGAGGCAACAACCUUUCAAACUGAUAAGGAGUUGUACUGUUACCUAGUAAUGUCAUUCGGGCUCAAGAAUGCCAGGGCAACAUACCAACGCCUGAUGAAUAAAAUUUUUAAGAACCUUAUCGGGCGCACUAUGGAAGUAUAUGUGGAUGACAUGCUAGUAAAUAGCCUCGAGAAGUCCCAGCAUAUCUCAGACUUGGAACAAUGCUUCUGCCUCCUUCGAUCUUACAACAUGCGCCUCAACCCCUCCAAAUAUGCAUUUGGAGUCAUCUCAGGAAAAUUUCUGGGGUUCAUGGUCACCCACCGAGGAAUUGAGACCAACCCGGAAAAGAUCAAGGCCCUAAGAGACAUGCUACCCCCGAGAAAUAUCAAGAAAGUCCAGAGAGGUGCUCGUAGCUCAAGAUUUCAGUGGACCGAUAAAUGCCAAGAGGCUUUCGAACAACUCCGAGCUUUUCUAGCCUCGCUGCCACUACUCUCGAAGCUAGUUCCAGGGGAAAUUUUGUAUAUGUAUAUGGCCGUCUCCUCCCAGGCUAUAAGCUCAGUCUUGGUUCGGGUAGAUGAUACUGUUCAACGCCCAAUCUAUUAUAUUAGCAAGGUAGUUUCAGAGACUGAGACACGUUAUCCAUUAGCAAAUAAAACAGCCUUAGCGUUAAUCUUCUCAGCAAGAAGGUUACGCCCUUAUUUCCAAGCACACGCGAUCAGGGUUUAUACAAACCUACCAUUGAAGAGUAUUCUCCAAAAGCCCGAGUCAUCUGGAAGAUUGAUCAAAUGGUCAGUGGAGCUUGGAGAAUUUGAUAUACAGUUCCUACUUAGACCCGACAUCAAGUCGCAAGUACUUGCCGAUUUUGUGGUCGAAUGUACUAACCACACCUCCAAUGAAUCAAUUGAUGUGUCUCCUUCCUCUUCCUGUUGGACAUUAUAUGUUGAUGGAGCUUCUGGGAGUUCUGGUGCUGGCACUGGAAUCUUAUUGAUCUCCCCGCAGAAAGCCACACUCGAAUACGGACUUAGACUAAAGUUCUCAGCAACAAACAACGUCGCUGAAUAUGAAGCUCUAAUCGCCGGAUUGAGACUGGCAAUCAAUUGUGAAGUACAAGACUUCGUGGUUCACACUGAUUCCCAACUGGUCGCCUCUCAAGUAAUUCAAUCAAUAGAUGAAUUAAAAGAAGCUUCUUGGAUCGACCCCAUCCUCACUUUCCUACAAGAUGGCGUUCUUCCUGAAGACCCAACAGUGGCGGUACAACUUCGGAGGCAGGCAGCAAACUUCACCAUUAUUAAUGGAGAGUUAUACAAAAGAUCUUUCACAGGGCCAUACCUCAAAUGUCUUCCUCCUUCAGAGGCGAACUAUGCACUCCGAGAAGUACAUUCAGGCAUUUGUGGGGAACAUCUGGGCGGAAGGGCGCUAGCUCAAAAGGUCUUGAGACAGGGAUUUUACUGGCCAACGAUGAAGCAGGACGCAUUAGAGCUCGUACGAAAAUCCACAGGACAGCGGAAGUUCAUCAUCUUGGCUGUGGACUAUUUCACAAAGUGGGUAGAAGCAGAACCUCUGACAAAGAUCACUGAAGCAAAUGUCAAACAGUUUAUAUGGAAGAACAUAAUAUAUUGCUUUGGCAUUCCAGUAAAACUUAUCACCGAUAACGGAACACAGUUCACCGGAAGGGUCUUCACCAUAUUUUGUAAAGAUCUCCACAUUCAACUGGUACACACGGCUGUGGCCCAUCCUCAGACUAAUGGACAGACAGAGGUCACUAAUCGAACCAUUCUGAGAGGAUUGAAGACAAGGCUGGAUAAGGCUGGGGGGCAAUGGGCUGACGAGCUCCUAAAUAUCCUUUUGGAGGCUGUCAUUCCCGUCGACAUUGGAGUCCCAAGUCAUAGAGUUCAAACUUUUGACUUAAAUGCUAACGACAAAAAACUCAGGCACAACCUAGACCUCUUUCCGGAAGCAAGAGACGAGGCGAUGCUUAAGGUUUCUGCCUACUACCAGAGAGUUGUCCGGUACUAUAAUAAAAGAAUGAAACCACGACGUAUAUCGAUUGAAGAUCUUGUUCUACGCAGCAUUGAGACAGCAGGAAAAG